GCUACUUAGAACGUUAGACGGCCGACAGGUUUAUUAAUUAUAGCACCUCUGUAAUUUCUUCAACUUUCAAGGACAGUCAUGUCAGGAGCUUUAAAAAAGAGUACAGGGCUGGUUGGUCUGGCAGUAGAAGCUCAUCCUCGUGAUAAACUGAGAGUUCUCUACACUAAGAUUUUAGGCAUCCUUCAAACUGUACCCAAGGAAGCGGCUUAUAGACAGUCUACAGAGCAGAUUGUGAACGACAAGUUAAAUGUGGUCAAAUCUGAGCCGAACACAGAGAAGCUAGAAAUGAAAAUCAACUGUGGUCAAAUUGAAGAAGCCAUUCGUCAGGCCGAGGCAGAGUUGUCUUUAGCAAGAAAGAUGGUGGAGUGGAAACCAUGGGAACCAUUGAAAGAGGACGCACCUCCAGGACAGUGGAAGUGGCCAUGAUUAUUGUUUGAGUUUUAGGAUGUAUAGAGAACAUUUGAUUAUUUUUGACAUUGCCUUAAGUUUUUCCUGCAUGUCCAAUGACUACUGCAAGAACUAUGCAUGGGACAUUGUCAUCAUGAAUGCAGCAGUUUGCUAAAAAUAGAAAUGGAAAGUUUUGCACAGUUCUGUACCUAAUUGUGCUGUGUAUACUCACUCUGUUUAAUGAAUUCAAAUGUUAACCUGGAUAUCAAGGGACCUGCUACAAUAAAAGAACAGUGUGGCAAAGUUCCAGGGCCCAGAGUUGUGAGUUAUUGAUAGGGGCUUCCCCAUCUACAUGUAUGACCCUUGGAAAUGAUUAAAUAUACAAAUGUUUUGCUUGCAGGAAGCAAAUAUGAAAGAGAAGCCUGACUGUGUGUAAUAGUUUUUGGAGAAUUCUCUGCUGUUCUUUUUGUUUCUAAUUUAACAGAGCUCUGCUCAGCUUUUUUUCAUCCUCAUUUUCUAAAAUGCUUUCCCUUUUCCCUCAAGUUUGUGGUGAAGUGUUGGUGUACCAGUAUGCUUUUAAAUUUGGAGAACAAAGGUUUAAAGAAGUUUGGCCGUUAAUUCAGUAAUUUGGACACAUUUGUGCAGAGGGUUUGCCGUGGGUUUUUGCUUCCUGCUUUGCCAUUUAGAAUAUGCUGAAGACAUGUUUCUUACGAUGUUAUUAUCCAGAUUUCAGUCUAGUUUGUAUUGUAAAUGUUCCCGAAAAAUACAGAAUAUGAAGGGCCUUGCAGUUGGGUACACGGGUGAAGAACAAUGUGAUCUUGUUUACACUGUGAGUUGCAGUGUCAAGAAAGGAAGAAUUGCAUUGUCACACCUUUUGAACAAAGAGAAUUUGAUGAUUUAAUUGGGCCGACUUUUACUGAGUAUUGAUUUAUUUGGAUUGUCUUACACUAGAUCUAUCAAUAUUGCCUCCUUUAUUGGUUGUAGCUGUUUGUCAAGGACCAGGACAAGUUUGUUGGAAUGUUUUAGAAAUAAAUUUGUUGAAAGAUAAUGUUAA